AUAUAUAUAUAUAUAUAUAUUGUACAUUUUUUAUGCUUAUUUGCCCGAGAUAUGUGGGUCCUUCUGUAAUUCAGCUGUUCAACUUUCCUUUAUUGUGAGUUUACUUUUGACUAUUGUAUUUACUGUCAUGCAAAAUUUGCAUGGAGAAGAAUGAGAGAUUACUCUAUGUAUUGUCUUCCUUUUAUGAUGUGAAAAAAUGUAAGCUUUAAUAGAUCCUGAAUUUUGAGUCAUUUGUCUGCAAAUGUCACUGCAGUACCAAAGCAAGCAGGUCGAGGAGGCUACCUGCACACCUGGAAUAUAUAAAAUUUUUCAGUUGUCUUUCCGUUCUUCAGAUAUUGAUUUUCUCCCUUCAGGCUCAAUAGAGUGUUUUAACUUGAGAUUUAUAGAACCAAAACAGGCUUACAACAUCAGAGCAUUGAACAUAAUGGUUGUGGAUCUGGAAAAGAGAAAUCCCAGUUGGUUAAUAUGCGUGCAAGGCAUGCAGUGCCACUCGUCCGUUCAGCUAGACAGUGACGUAGCCUACUCCGUGAACUUGGCCAGGUAG